AUGUCUACUAGAACACAGACCCAAACUAUUGGCAAUGGUCUAGUACAUCAAUUCUAUCUGUUGUCCACUAUGACAGUUGGUGUCAUCUUACCCCUCUUCAGGUUGAUUGAGCAAUCUGGGCACACUAUUGCACCCCCCAUCAUAUCCACAUUAGGCAUUGCCCUAUAUGUUUCAACGUUUAGCGAGCAAGUAUAUAAUGGUCUGGGUCGAGUGAUUCAUCGCAUGGUCAUCCUUUACACCAGCUUGGAAGACUUGAUCACUGAGAACAAUUGCAGAUACGAGGAGGGCCUGGAGGAGAACACUGCAGAACAAGAUCGCUUGCAGCAUGGUUACAUUGUACUCAUGCAGGUUCUCCCAUGGCUACAUGCAAAACUUGGACAACUCGAUAUCAACAAAUGUCAAGAUAUGCUGAAACAGCUCAAAAGAGGAGUGGAUGCAGCCCAUGGUGACGAUACAUCCACUCUCAAGGAUCUCGUCGCUUCAUGGAUUAAUCAAGAUUUUCAACCGUCUUCUCUACUGAAAUCUGAUAAUAAGCUGAUGGUGAAAGCUGGUAUCCGCGACAGAACAGUAGAUUACAUUGUAUCGGAAAACUCCUGGCUGCUAUUCUUGUAUGAGAAAUACACAGUCAGCUAUGGCAACCUCGAGCAAGGCCUCUUUAAGUCCAAGAUUCUGGUUCAGGCUUUUAAAGCUAUUUUCACAUCUCCCUCUUCUGCAAGAGAAGCUGAUGGAGACAGCGAUGGAGCAGACAUCCUCAAAAACAAUAGCAAGGUCACUCCUUGCUCCAUAGCCUAUGUUGUAUGCCAAGUUCAUUUCGCGCUGUCCAACAUCUCAUCUUGGUGCACCAUUUAUGGCGACUUUGACUAUGAAGCAUUUUGGAAUAAUGUGGUGGACUUUUUCAAGGAUCUCCCAGGGCCUGUUGCACAAAGUAGGGUGAACCAACUUCUCGAAUGGUGGACUAGGAAAGUUUUUGGAAAUAACCAUCGUCAAGACCUGACACCAGAGGUCGUAUCUCAUAUGUCUGUCACCACACUCGCCCAACAGAGAAAGGCGCUGGAGGAUGCUGUUUUUGACUCAGACUGA